AGGCGGGAGUUUGCAACGCGGGACCACACAUUUGUGGGCGCAACCGGUCAGUUCAGAGGAGCGGUUCCGGCCGAAGGGGUCUGUUACUCUGUGCUCCCUGUUUGGAAACUUUUAGGAUACUCUGUAACAAACUAUUUUUUUGCAUACCUCUAUGGAAAUGAAGGACAUAUUCAGCCCAGACUGAAGACCCGCCAUUUAGGACAUAUUUAUCGAUUCUUUUUGUAAACAGACAGCAACUUUUAACUAUUUUACUUGCGUUUUUAGGCACGUGUACUAUUACUGUACUCACAAUGGCCGACAGCAAGCAUCCGCACGUCAUUUUCUGCAACGACUCACCCAAAAGAGUUUUGGUUUCUGUCAUCAAGACUCCGAUCAAACCCAGGAAAGUGGAGACUCUGACUCCCACAAGUCCAGGUUUCAGCGACUUCAUGGUCUACCCUUGGAAAUGGGGGGAAAACGCCCACAAUGUAACCCUGAGCCCGGGCUCGGCGAGCGGGGCCGCGUCCCCAACCGGGUCACAGACAGCCAGAGAGGCGGACACAGCUCCUUCUCCUGAUCAGAUCAAGGAUGGUAUCCGGAGAGGCCGGCCCCGAGCAGACACGGUGCGGGAGCUGAUAAGCGAGGGCGAGACCUCCUCCAGCCGCAUCCGAUGCAACAUCUGCAACCGGGUGUUCCCCAGAGAGAAGUCCCUGCAGGCUCAUAAGAGAACACACACAGGAGAGAGACCCUAUCUGUGCGACUACCCUAACUGCGGGAAGGCGUUUGUCCAGAGCGGUCAGCUGAAGACUCACCAGCGGCUCCACACUGGAGAAAAGCCGUUUGUCUGCUCAGAGAAAGGAUGCGGCAGUCGGUUCACCCAUGCAAACCGUCAUUGCCCCAAGCAUCCUUUCUCUCGUCUGAACAGAGAAGAACCGAAGGCGGGUCUGGGAAAGGCUCAGUCUGUGGACAACAAGGCAGUGGCUGAGUGGCUGGCUAAGUACUGGCAAACCCGCGAGCAGCGUGCUCCUACAACCACCAAGAUGAUGAAGCCGCAGGGCAAGGCGAGCGCAGAGGACCAGGAGCAGCAAGAUCCCAUGGAGUUCCUCCACUCUGACGAGGAGAACGGAGAGGAGCCAGAGGCCAUGGAGGAGGAGAAGGGUAACCAGGGCGGGGCGGCCAAGCGGCGCCUGCAGGAGCAGAGAGAGCGUCUCCACGGCGCCCUGGCCCUCAUUGAGCUGGCCAACAACCUGUCGCCCUAAGCUCCCACCAACCCGACCUCCUCUAUUCCGCCUUCCUGCAGAACGUGCUGUAGCUAUAAGUUCUUCAUAAACGCAGAUCAAUGCCUAGUUUAGUUGUAAAACCAGACUUUGUGAAAGAAUCGGACUUGGCCUGAGAUCCGUGUUAAAGCACAGAAUCACUCCCUCCCUCUCAGCACCAGGAAGGCACAAGCUAAAGCACCUUACUCAGCUUCCAUUUUAUCUUUUUGGCUGCUAUAAACGUAGGUUUGACAACAUGAAGAAUGUCUCUUUCCUCUGUCUUCUAAAGGCAAAGGAAGAAUACCUAUUAUGUUUUAAUUUGAUUUUGUUUUGCACUUUGGUAACGAGUUUUUAAGUAUAUUGUGGGAAUAAGUGUAUGACUGAUGUAUAUAUACAUAUAUAUAUACAUACAUAUAUAUAUAUGUGUGUGGAUUAAGCUCAGAUGGACCGAAUGAUACAGGGUGUGGUCACAGAUCCAGCUGUCAGAUGGCCCAGAUGAACUGAGAAAACUAAAGUGAAAUAGUUUUAGCCUCACUGUUACUACUCUGUUCACAAACCGGGCGAGCAGCGACAAAACGAAGCACAUGACAGCCAAUCAUUGCAAGCGUAAUCCAGAAGUCUGAUCAUGCAGAAGGUUUUAAAAACUAAACUAAACCAAAAAAAAUAAUAAUAAUAAAAUAAAAAAUCUCAGCCCUUUUAUGCUGCCAUGUUCUGCAGAACCAGCAAAGUAGUCGACCAUAUUCUGUGUUCUGGAUUCAUAGUUUCUGUUAACAAUUCAGUUUUUCUUGUCACAACCAGGCAUGGGCCAGUUAGCACUAGAAAGGUUUUAAAAUGUUCCAGUCUCCCAAAAAAAAAAAAAAAAAAAAAAAGGCUUCCAUUGGCCAUAACACCUUCUCUGUAGUUUGAAGUUUUUAAAAUGGGAUUUUCUCCAGUUCUGUGGGUUAUGCACACUGCCAAUCAGCUGGCUGAAAAAAGGCUCUUAGAUUUUUAAUUUCUUUAUCUAUAAGAAAAAAGUCUGUUAUUUGGAAGUACUUUGAAAAAAAUACAAACUCCUCUUGCGCUUUAGGAUUGCACCAUUUUAAAACUGCAGAAAGUGCCAAUGUGAGCGAGAACUGUCUGCUGCCUGACAGCUGUCUAAAGCAUGGCAUUAUCUUCCUCUCUUGCUUAGAAGAAAGGCAACUUUUGGUAGUUUGUGAAUAUUUCCGAUCACAAAUAACACAAGGAGUUGUGUUAUUUAAAGAAAAAGCAACUUCAACAAUAAGACAAUGCCUCUUUAAUGGAAAGGAAAAGCUUACAGGCUGAGGGGCCUAAAAAGUGUGUAAGUUUUCUCAGAGCACAGUGUGUAAGCACACCUUUCACCUCACCCCGGUCUGAUGCUGCACACUGCUAGUUAACUGGCUGAAAGAAAAGGAUUGCACUUAUUUCUUUUCCUGAAUAGUUUGACCAGUUAACCAGAUAUUAUCUUGUACUUCUACCUAAACUACUAACGAUAUUUUAUCUUAUGUCUAUAGAUCAAAAUAUUAAAAAAAGAAAAAGAAUACAAUCAGUAGGAUAAGAAAUAUUUUUUUUCUUUUUAUGAAGUAAAUUAGGUCACGUUAUUCAUUUAGUUUAAAUGCCAUAGUGUUUUUAUUUAGGAUUUCUUUGCAGUAAUAAUCUAAAUAUUGGCCCAUGUCUGGUGACAAGAGAAAGCCUGCGGGUGAGAAGUCGUUUUCCUUUCAGUGGGUCGUCGUCUUUUAUAUUAAAAGCUGACAGACCAGGUGUGAUACUGACAUGGCAUCAUAACAGUGUGGCAAUUCUGUCAUCUCAUUUUAAUUUUUCAAUAUUUAUUUCACUUCCUUUCUACGAUUUUUUUUUUUUUUUUUUGCUGACAUCUUGUUCACAUAGUCGAGUGCUGGAAUCAUAAUUUUAAAAGUGUGACAGAAUCCAAAGUUUGUAAAACAUCAAAGUCACGAUGAAGCACUUACCGCCCGGAGAGGCUCGGAUUAAGCUUGCAAUGCAGUAAAGAUUUGAUUCAUUGUUUGUUCUGGAAAUGGUUUUUAUUUUCAUAAACUGAUUUGAAUGUUGCUGGGUGGGUUUGGAUUUGUUUUCCCCUCUUUUGUUUUGUAAUUUUAGCAACGUGACACUACAUCGUUUAACACUGUACGAAGCCCCUCGCUGAUGUUCUGCCUCUGGUUUUAAUCUGGCUGUGUCCUUUCAAUCUGGUUUGCAAAUUACCCUUGAAAGAGGCAAAAUAAUAAUCCAAAAGAAGAAAAAUCCAAAUGAUUUAAUGAGCCCAAUGAUAAUAUAUUAGGAAGAGCUUCAACCCCUUAGUCUGUUUUGUGGUUUGAGUAAAUUAAGGCAUUUAAUAUAUAUAUAAAUAUAGUGUUCUUUAGAAGAUAAAAUGAGUAUGCACACUAUUUACAUAAAGCUUCGAAGUUUAAUUUUAGUUUCUUUGUGUUUUUUGCUUCUAACAUCCUUCAGCAGUGUUCAUGUUUGACAGUAUAGGGUGAUCCUGCUUGCUGGUAGAUGUUUUUAUUUACUCCUGACAGGCUGUCCACACUGUUAUCUCAUUGUUGAUCAUCAAUAAACAUUCACUGAAUCUGACA